AUGGCGCCUACGGCAUCUGUGGAGCGAAUGGCGACGCUCGCGCACGAAAUUACCGAGAAGACCAAGAUCAUUACCGACUACCUCUCCAGAAAUGGUCUGGAAGCUGCCUCCUUUGAUGUCAAUGGGCUCGCCGAGUUCCCCAUAUCUCCAAAGGACGAGGAGCCGUAUCAGGCCCGACUGGAGUUGAUAUCGCUCACCAAGGAGCUCCAUGACAUCUCCGUCGGCCCCAAGGAAGGUCUGCGGUACUUGGCCUGGGAUUGCGUCAACAACCUAUCGCUUCAAGCGAUUUGGGACUUUAAGAUCCCACAGGCAGUCCCGUUAGAUGGCACAAUCACAUACGAGGAUUUAGCAGCCAAGGUUUCCGAGCUCAACGGCUUUGACAUUCCCAUGCUGAACCUGCGUCGUCUCAUCCGACAUGCCAUAACCAACCGCAUCUUCAUCGAGCCCGAAAAGGGUCGCGUGGCGCACACGCGCAUGUCACGGCUGGUGCUCGAAGAUGCACCCCUGAGCAACUGGGUCGGCUUCAUGUGCAAUGACCUGUGGCUGCCCAUCGCCAACGUCGUCGGCGCGAUGAAGAAGUGGCCCGGUAGCGAGGAGUCCACCGAGACUGGUGUCAACUUGGCCUAUAACCAGUCCCUUCCGUGGUUUGACUACCUGCAGCAGGACGAGGACUUCGCCAAGAGAUACAAUCUCGCCAUGCAAGCGCACGGUGGGGGCGAAGGGUACUCGCUGGCAGCUACGGUAGAGGGAUAUCCAUGGGGUGACUUGCCAAAGGGCGCAACUGUUGUUGAUAUGGGCGGAAACCAAGGCUACGUUUCUUUUGCCAUUGCCGAGGCGUUUCCAGAUCUGCGGUUCAUCGUACAGGACACGGCUGGAAUGCGCACCGACGAGACAACUGGCAAGGUACCUGACGCGCUGCAGUCCAGGAUCCAGCUCACGACGCACGACUUCUUCACGACACAGCCCGUCGUGGCGGAGGCGUACUUCUUUCGCAUGAUCUUCCACGGCUUCGCAGACAAGUACUGCGUGAAGAUCCUUCAAGCGCUCAUACCCGCGCUGCGGCCCGGUGCCAAGAUCAUAAUCAACGACGGCGCCCUGCCCGAGCCAGGGACAGCGGGGUACAUCGAGGAACGGACGAUGCGGACGCUUGACCUGUUCAUGCAGGUGACGGUCAAUGCGCGGGAGAGGGAGCCGGACGAUUGGCGGCAGUUGUUUCGUCGUGCGGACGAGCGAUUCCAGUUUAACAAGAUAUGGAAGCCGGAGAACUCGCGCAUGUGGUUUAUUGAGGUCGAGUGGACGGGCUCCUGA